UGCUGGGUGGUGGGUGAGGGACCAGCUUUCUCUGCUAGUUCCCACCCUUGCAGUCCUGAGCUCCUGGAAUGCGAGAAGGAGAAGCUCAGAGAGUUCCAGAAGUGUGGCGUCGAGCCAUCAUCCGGAAGGCCUGCGAACGGAAGAGACUCCUAGACGGAGGAACCGCUGUAAGCUACCGGGUGGGCAUCGAGGAAGCGGAGGGAGCAGCUGGCGGGGUCCCAUCUUGCUCUCUGUUGGGGUGCCAUGGAGUUCCCAGAACACAGUCAGCAGCUGCUCCAGAGCCUCCGGGAGCAGCAAUCCCAGGGUUUCCUUUGCGACUGCACCGUGAUGGUGGGCAGCACUCAGUUCCUAGCCCAUCGAGCAGUGCUGGCUUCCUGCAGCCCCUUCUUCCAGCUUUUCUACAAGGAGCGGGAAUUGGACAAGAGGGAUCUGGUGUGUAUUCACAAUGAGAUCGUCACAGCCCCUGCUUUUGGGUUGCUCCUGGAUUUCAUGUAUGCGGGCCAGCUGGCACUCAGAGGGGAUACCCCCCUGGAGGAUGUGCUGGCAGCCGCCAGCUACCUGCAUAUGAAUGACAUCGUCAAGGUGUGUAAACAGCGGCUGCAGGCCCGGGCCCUGACCGAAGCAGACAGUACCAAGAAGGAAGAGGAGCCCAACUCCCAGCCCCCUAGUCUGGAGUUUUUGUCCAGCACCGCCCGCGGCCCGCAGCCGGCGUUGGCAUCUGCCGAGACAUCAGGUCACUGGGGCAAAGAAGAAUGGAAAGACCCUGCUGUGCCCUCACCCAACGUCCGUCCUCCAGAUGAGCCACCCCUGCCUGGUGGGGCUGAUACCACACAGCCUGGCAUGGAGGUCGACUCACCGCAUCUACGGGCACCUCCGCCACCAGUGGCUGACCUCUCCCUGGCCAGCCCCAGUAGCUCCACCGAGACAAUUCCUGCCAGCUACUUUCCUGCUCUCCCAGCAGUCUCUGUGGAGUCCCUUACAUCCCUUGAUGUAGGUCCCGAGAGCCUAAGGGUGGUGGAAACGAGGGAUCCUGGAGGACCUUUGCCAGGUUUCUAUCCGCCAGCCCCGGCUCCGGCUCCGGCUCCAGCUCCAGCUCCGGCCCCAGCCCCAGGCCCAGUCUCAGCUCCAGUCCCAGUCCAGGCUCCAGCUCCAGCUGAGGCUGAGCUGGUUCAGGUCAAAGUGGAGGCCAUUGUGAUCUCCGAUGAGGAGACUGAUGUGUCGGAAGGACAGCCCCAGGAUCCUUCAGAAGGACUCUUUGCCUCUGGAGGAGCCCUGUAUGGUGCACAGCCCUCCCAACCAGAGGCCUUUGAGGAGCCAGGGGCAGCAGGACUGGCAGAGGUGGGGCCCAGCGACCACUUCCUUCCCCCCGAGCCUCACCUACCCUACCAUCUGCUGCCGGGCCCAGGGCAGUAUCCUCGUGGCCUAGUGACCUCGCCCCUGCCGGCACCCCCAACCCUGCACGAGCCACUUUACCCGCCUUCUGAGUACGAAGCAACUCCUGGAAACUUUGGCGUUUUUACUGAAGACGUUCCCACCUGCAAGACGUGUGGGAAGACCUUCUCUUGCUCCUACACGCUGCGGCGACACGCCACCGUGCACACACGAGAGCGACCCUAUGAGUGCCGCUACUGCCUGCGCAGCUACACGCAGUCAGGGGACCUCUACCGCCACAUCCGCAAGGCGCACAACGAGGACCUGGCGAAACGCAGUAAGCCGGACCCGGAGGCUGGCUGCAUCCUUGGGGUGCAGCCCCUCCCGGGCUCCCCCACAACAGACAGACAGAGCAGCGGUGCUGGAGGGCCACCUAAAGAUUUUGUGCUUGGCACCAAAAACUGACAUGUGGUGCACGAGGUGAUGGAAGCCCCCACUCGCCGCCCUCAUGUGGCUUCACUCCUGCUGAGUGAUGGAAUGAUGGUUGUGCCCAGCUUGAAGUUUAUUAUCCUUUUCUUUGCCCAAGCAGGAUGGUACAGGGCAGAGUGUAAGGCUCAGCUCUUUGCAAGUGCGUGUGGGGCAUUUUCCUGAGGGCUGAUUCCUUCUCAGCUGUUUGGAAACAUAAAGCUAGCAGCGAAUAAGUAUCUCUUUGAAUUGGUGUGUUGGCUGGUCUCUUUCACAAACCUGCAUGCCUCUUACUUCUAAUUCUUUUAGAAAUGUGACAUCUGUACCUGGCGUAGGGGGUGGGGAUCUGCCUGCUUAGCAGGAGAGAAGGGAGUUAGAGGGCAAGGGAAACUCAGGGAAAGAUGCCAACUAGGGAAUCUUACACAAUUACGGCUUAGUGUUGUAAUUGUGUUCUGUCUUAAGCACUUCAGAAUAUUUAAUCUGCAACAACUUUGUGGGGUCUUGGGGUAUUAGCAUUCACCCCUCCCCCCCGCUGUGCUCAACAAACUUGAGACUCAAAACUCCAGAGUUAACUUGGUUACAAUUACAGAAUGAAUUUAAGGGGUAAAUCAGGAUUUGAACCUGGCUGUGACCACACACUGUGUGUGCUGGUGUAAAAUAGGAGAGUUAACUGGAGUUUUUUGCCCUUCUCUGGCUCUGCUCCCUGGUUCCCUCUGCUUUCCACACGGAAAGGCCAUUGGCUGCUUUAGGCAACAGGUACUACAUGGAUGGCUUAAUAUUUUGGCCUUCAUGUCAUAAAUGAGAACUGAGGUCUUUGGAACUGGAAGGCAACUGGGAAGGCAUGAACCAUUUCAGCCACUCGGUGGUAGACUGUUGGAAUAAGCUGAGGGCCUAUGGUGGCAUGGAAAUGGACACUUGU